AUGUCUAACAGCACCUCCGUUAACGAGUUCCUUCUCCUGAUAUUCACAGACACACGGGAGCUGCAGCUGUUGCUUUUCAGUCUUUUUCUGUGCAUGUACCUGGUGGCCCUUCUGGGCAACAGCCUCAUCAUCACAGCCGUAGCCUAUGACCACCGCCUCCACACCCCCAUGUACUUCUUUCUUUUCAAUCUCUCCCUCCUUGAUCUCGGAACCAUCUCUGUCACUGUCCCUAAAUUCAUGGCCAAUUCUCUCAGGGACGCAAGGACAAUUUCCUACUCGGGAUGUGCUGCCCAGGUCUUUCUGCUUGUUUUCUUACUCGUGGCAGAAUAUUUUCUUCUCACUGCCAUGGCCUACGAUCGCUUUGUUGCCAUAUGCAGACCUCUGCACUAUGGGACCCUUAUGGGCACCAAAGCUUGUUGCAAUAUGGCACUAGCUGCCUGGGGCAGUGGCAUUCUUCUUGCUGUCCUGCACACUGGAAACACCUUUUCAAUACCCCUCUGCCAAGGCAAUGUGGUGGAGCAGUUCUUUUGUGAAAUCGAUCAGAUUCUCAAGCUGUCCUGCUCAGAUGCCUACCUCAGGGAAGAUGUCCUUAUUGUGGUUCAUGGCUGUUUAGUCUUUGGGUGUUUUGUGUUCAUUGUUCUGUCCUAUGUGCAGAUCUUCACUGCUGUGCUGAGAAUCCCCUUUGAGCAGGGCCGGCACAAAGCCUUUUCCAUGUGCCUCCCUCACCUGGUUGUGGUUGCCCUGUUUGUCAGCACUGUCAUGUUUGCUUACCUGAAGCCCACCUCCGUCUCCUUCCCAGCUCUGGAUCUGGUGGUGUCUUUUCUGUAUGCAGUGGUGCCUCCAACAGUGAACCCUCUCAUCUACAGUUUGAGGAACAAGGAGCUCAAGGAUGCUCUGAGGAAAUUAUUUCAAUGGGUACAGUGUCACUUCCAAUAA